AUGGAGCAAUCAUCUACAAAGGUGGUUUUGACGCCCUCUUUUGCCCCUUAUAAGAUCGUGCUACUCACAUUGAUAGCUGCAUAUUGUGCUGGUAUUUUACCAAAGAAAACUCAUAGGCCAUUACUCACUACAAUAGUUAAAUAUAUUGAGCGUCCCUCUAUUUAUCAUGACACUGAGAGCUCUGUGAAUGUCCCAACCCUUGAUGAGAUUUUGAGAAAUAUCAAAGAAUCAUGUUUGAAAGCUGAUCCAGUGGAAGGUGUUUCGUAUGCUCAUGAUAUAGAACAAAGAUUACUACAUGCAUUGUGGUCCUUGAAAUCAUUAGAUUCACUACAUUCAUUUAUUAACAGGGCAAGGUCAAUGUUGACGAAAAACUUAAAGGAUGCAUCCUUAUUUAUGAAUAGUAAACCUGCUGGGUCCGUUCCUAAAUAUUUACUCACAAGAUCAAGUUUCUUGGGAAAUUUCGUUACAACUUGCAUUGCCAGCUUUGAAACACUUGAGUUUGAUAAAUCUGAGCUGCUAUGGACAUCAUUUGUGAAUUUUAGAAUAUCCAGUAAGUCAAAGUGGGUUAAAAAACAUGCUGAAAGAAUCCCUGAUGUCCAUGAUUUUUUUGGUACAGCAGACAAAGAUGAUGACUUUUCUCAGUUGAAAUCCGUCUUCAAUUAUUUGCCUUUGAAUGAAAAUGAGAUAAGAGAAGAGAUUGUUUUAGUAUCACAAGAAGAUUUGUCCAAGUUACUUGACCACCAAGUCCAUAUUCUUGAAACAUAUGGAACACCAACCUCUCCUGAGUUAAGACGAACCUUGGCACUUAUGACACAAGCUGAAACAGGGAAACUACCUUCUAUUCAUUACAUCAAGUAUCUUGAGUCUUUAAGAAGUGCAGACUAUGAAGGUGCGUUUUAUUCAUUACACCGGUACUUUGAUUAUAUGAUGAGUAACAGAAGAACUGUCUUUUACCACUAUGCCUUGUUAUGUUUGGCCACUUUGCAUGCUGCAUUCGAUUGUGAACAGGAGGCUAUUCGGGCAAUUGAAGAGUCUAUCUCUGUUGCUAGAGAGAAUAAAGACUAUACCUGUUUAAAUUUUGUCUUGUCAUGGUUAUUCAAUUUCAUGAAGGAUAGACCAACAAUAAAGCAUGACUUUUACCUUUCAAAUACUCAUCUUUUGCAGUUUUUGAAAACCAACUCUGGACUAACGUCCUCAUCCUUACAUUCCACUGCUUAUCAAUCGGAGGCCACACAGAUCAUGAUGGAAGGUGGGUCAACAAGCUCAGUGUUAGAGUCAUUAACAAAAGCUGCACAUAUAUCAUUGUCUGAAGAUAGCUCUCUAGUUUCAUUCAUCAGUUAUUGUGCGUUGGCCAGUGCUUUUUGGUUUAGGGUUGGUAACUAUGAUUUAGCGAAAGCUUAUUGUGAAAUCUCUUUGGAAUCAAGUACGAGUAUCAGCCAGAAGGUUUCCAUUUUCAUACGCAAGGCAUCAGUUGAGUACUCGCUUGGUAAUGUCGAAGAAGCAUUCAUUAUUUUAGAGAAACAAAAGUCACUGGUAUGCUCAGAUUUAAGAUUGAGCAAAGAGUUGGUGAGCCACAAACUUAUAUUGUUAUCAAGGCAAUGCAUUAGAAGUUCACGUUGCAGGAUGGCAAAAUAUUAUUUGGAGAAACUAGAAGCACAACACCACGUCAACAUAGAUAUUGAAAGCGAACUACAGUAUUUAACUGCAUGUUUACAUCUGAGACUUGGAAAUCUCCAAUUAGCUUUUGACAUUGUGUCAAAACAGACAUCCACAUAUGCUAGGAAAGCCAGUAAUAAAUUUUGGUUUUUAAAAUUCAGUUUAUUACACUGUGAAAUUAUGAGCCAAAGCUCCACUCCUGCUCGUGCAUUUUCUAGCACAAUCAAAUGCAUACAAUCAGCUUCAAAAUCUGGCUUCACGCUAGUUGUUCUUGAAGGUGUUCUCAAGUUGGCCGAUAUAUUAAUGAAAUUAAACAAACUUGAAGAUGCUAGAGGGUUAUUAUCUGAUUGUAUUCCUUACUUUGAACAACUGUCAGACCUAGCGUUGAAAUCAAAAGCAUAUCAAGUUAUUGCUGAAGGUUUGAUAAGCUUAUUCAAGACUGAAGAUAUUGAUAGGAAAAAGAAAAUUCAGCAACUUACUAAGAUUGUGGAUCAUUUGGAAAAGUCUAUUGAUGGUUUCAAGAAAUUAUCCAUGUUUCAAGAGAUAAAGAAAUGUUUAGAGUUGCAGAUUAGUAUUGGGAAAAAAAUCAAUCAUGAAGAAAUGCUAAACCAUGCCCAAUCAUCCUUGGUUAGUAUUGAUUUAAAAAUCAAAGAAGAGUUAGCUAUACAAAACUAG